ACUUCAUUUCGUGCAGCAUCUCUUCUUGUGAAAAAAUAUUUUUUCAUUGGAAAAAUAAAAUUUUAUAUAAAAAAAGUUGAAAAAAUGGCAUUUUAAAUUUACCAAAUUACUAAAUCAAGGCUUGGAAUAAACAAAAUCGACAGUUAAAAUGGAUAUUUCUCACAGGACAACUCAAAAACUGAAGAUCCCUUUUGUGAUCUUACUAUGGACAAUUUUAUUCACAAUAUCCGCUCAUCAAUCAUUGGCAACACGUGCAAGUUCAGCUAAGAGAUCAGACGUCUACAUUGCUGGAUUUUUCCCCUAUGGCGAUGGCGUUGAAAAUUCGGAUACAGGUCGGGGAGUUAUGCCAAGUGUUAAGCUGGCUCUCUCUCAUGUAAACGAACAUCCAAGGAUACUCACAAAGUAUCGUCUUCACAUGUGGUGGAAUGACACUGAGUGCAAUGCUGCUGUAGGUGUUAAAUCAUUUUUUGAUAUGAUGCAUUCUGGGCCAAACAAACUAAUGCUUUUCGGAGCUGCAUGCACUCAUGUAACCGAUCCAAUAGCUAAAGCGAGUAAACACUGGCAUCUCACUCAACUCUCCUACGCCGAUACCCAUCCAAUGUUCACUAAGGAUGCUUUUCCGAAUUUCUUUCGAGUUGUUCCAUCAGAGAACGCCUUCAAUGCUCCUCGAUUGGCACUGCUAAAGGAGUUCAAUUGGACUCGGGUGGGAACCAUCUACCAAAACGAGCCCAGGUAUUCACUGCCGCACAAUCAUAUGGUCGCCGAUUUAGAUACAAUGGGAUGUGAAGUAGUCGAUACUCAGAGCUUUGUUAACGAUGUCAACGAAUCAUUGAGGAAGCUUCGGGAGAAAGAUGUUCGAAUUAUUUUGGGUAAUUUUAAUGAACAAUUUGCCAGGAAGGUCUUUUGUGAAGCUUUUAAGCUUGAAAUGUAUGGGCGGUCUUAUCAAUGGCUUAUAAUGGCAACUUAUUCAGUUGACUGGUGGAACACAACUGCAGAUUCUGAUUGUACUGUUGAUGAAAUAACAAAGGCUAUGGAAGGAGUUAUUCUUGUUGAUCUGCUGCCUCUUUCAACAAGUGGAGACAUUACCAUUGCGGGGAUUACUGCAGAUGAAUAUCUAUCGGAAUAUGAUAGUUUAAGAGGCAAUGAGUAUUCUAGAUUCCAUGGCUACACUUAUGACGGGAUAUGGGCUGCAGCAUUAGCAAUUCAAUAUGUUGCUCAGAAGCGAGAUGAUUUUUUGUCGCAAUUCGAUUAUCGAGUUAAGGAUUGGGAAAGUGUUUUCUUAGAGGCUUUAAGAAAUACAAGUUUUGAAGGAGUAACAGGACCAGUACGAUUUUAUAAUAAUGAGCGGAAAGCAAAUAUACUAAUCAAGCAAUUUCAAUUUGGAGAAGAACAAAAAAUUGGAGAAUUUCAUUCGCAAUUGAAUCAUUUGGAUUUGACACUUGGAAAAUCAGUUCGAUGGAACGGAAAAACUCCACCCAAAGAUCGAACUUUGAUUUACAUUGAACACAGUCAAGUCAAUAUUAAAAUCUACGUGGUAUCAGCCAGUGCUUCAUCUGUGGGUAUUUUAAUAGCUUUUGUCUUUCUUGCAUUCAAUGUAAAAUAUCGAAAUCAAAGAUACAUCAAAAUGUCAAGCCCCCAUCUGAACAAUCUCAUCAUUAUUGGAUGCAUGCUGACAUACCUUAGUGUUGUUUUUCUUGGCCUUGACACAACUUUGAGCAGUAUUGGAGCCUUUCCAUAUAUUUGUACUGCCCGAGCUUGGCUUCUGAUGGCUGGCUUUAGUUUAGCUUUUGGUGCAAUGUUCUCAAAAACCUGGCGAGUUCAUUCAAUAUUUACUGAUUUAAAGCUCAACAAAAAGGUCAUCAAGGAUUAUCAAUUGUUUAUGGUAGUGGGAAUAUUGAUAUUCCUCGAUGUGGCGAUUAUAACAACAUGGCAAGUAGCAGAUCCAUUUUAUCGAGAUACAAAACAAUUAGAACCUAGGCAUCAUGAAACUCUGGAAGAUGUCCUUGUGAUUCCUGAAAACGAAUAUUGUCAAUCCGAGCAUAUUACAAUUUUUGUAGGAAUCAUCUAUGCUUACAAAGGACUUUUACUUGUUUUUGGUGCCUUUUUGGCUUGGGAAACACGUCAUGUAUCUAUCCCGGCCCUGAAUGACUCCAAACACAUUGGCUUCUCCGUCUACAAUGUCUUCAUAACAUGCAUUGCCGGAGCAGCCAUCUCACUCGUACUUUCCGAUCGAAAGGAUUUAGUUUUUAUUUUACUCUCGUUUUUUAUAAUUUUUUGUACGACAGCAACAUUGUGUUUGGUGUUCGUACCGAAAGUAAGACUGGUACUUGUUGAAUUGAAACGAAAUCCUCAAGGGGUUGUUGAUAAACGAGUUAGAGCUACAUUGAGGCCAAUGUCCAAAAAUCGGCGUGAUUCAACAGUUUGUGAAUUGGAACAGAGAUUGAAAGAUGUGAAGAACACAAAUUGUCGAUUUAGGAAAGCUUUGAUGGAGAAAGAGGCCGAAUUACAAGCAUUGAUUCGGAAGCUUGGGCCAGAAGCACGAAAAUGGAUUGAUGGUGUUACUUGUUCAGGUGAUACAGAACCGAUUUUGGCCGCCGAUUCGGGAAGAUUGUCAGCGCCACCUGUUAGAAGGGAAAUGCCAAGUACAACUGAAAUAACCGAGCUGACAUCAGUUGAUAGUGUUACAUCGACACAUGUUGAAAUGGAUAAUUCUCUAGUGUGCGUACUUUCGGCAACAACUCAGGCUCCUUCACUCCCACCAAAAAAGAAAUCAGCAACUCCACAACAAGAAACAGCUCCAAUCCAACAACCAUUACAGGCAAAUCUUGUCAUGCCACCAAAACCUAAACCCGAAGAAAAUAUCAUUCAUCAACGGACACCGAUUAUUGAAAAACGAAAUUCAGUUUCUGCUCAAACCGAUGCUAAUAUUGGUGCAAUUACAACAGCAAAAAAACAAGAAUGCAACAAUAUAAAACGUGACGAUUCUGGUCUUCGAGAAAGAAGACAAUCUACAAAUCUAGCAAAAUCUGAUUCCACAAAGGAUAUUCGGGAAAAUGGAAGUCAAACUCCAACAUCAAAACCUAAACACAACCAAAAUCAUCGAAAUUCUACAACAAACGCACUCUCAACAUCUAGCACAGAUUUGAACAAUGCUUGCCCUCACGGAGGUCCCCAUGUGAAGGCCAACAAUGUCUCUAAAACUCCAAUUGAGAAUAGGCGUGUAAGCAUGGGAGCCGGACUUAAGUCCGGUUUUGUAGUCUCCCAGAGUGAUCUCUGGGAUACUCAUACCCUUUCACAUGCAAAACAACAUUCACGCCAGUCGCCACGCAACUAUCCAAAUCCCCAACGCUGCACCGAACACAGUCACAUUGUUCCCUAUGAUCAGACAACAUCACCAAUUCAGCGUUCAGUGUCGGAGAAAAAUCGUAAUAAGCAUCGCCAUAAACCUCAAAAGGGUACAGUUUGUCAGAGUGAAACGGAUAGUGAACGUGAGAAGGAGCCUACCCCUCCAGCUACCCAAUGCGUGCAACAACGAAAGCUUGUCAAGACGAUCCAACAUGCUGCCCACCAUCAUUCGUCACCCAAUGUGGCUCCCGAUAAGCGCAAACAUCGUAUUAAAACUGAGUCUUCGAUGUACAAUGCCAGUUCAGAGUCUGAAUUGUUGGAUGGUGAAACAGCCAUUUUGCCGAUUUUUAGAAAACUUCUUACAGAAAAGCAGCCACAUUAUCGGGGACGCAGUGUUGUUGGACAAAGUUGCCCAAAUAUAUCCAUUAAAUGUGAUAUAGUUGAGUAUUUGUAAGGAGUGGAUAGAUGACGAGACUUUUUUGAGGGAGAUGAAUAAAAUGGAGCAUUUGCUUAUAAAAACGCAAGUUUUUCGGAGAGUUUUUUUUGCAAAUUGUGUGAAGAGAAGUUAUGAAGUCAUGCAUUUUCAUGAGCUUAUCUCUUUUCUAAUCUUCAUUUCUUAAAUAUAUGCUCUGAGCAUGUGCUCCAUUUUGUUCAUACCAUUCAUUUAGUUUCUGAAGAAAAGCUACAGCGUAUCGGGCUUAAAGAACGAUGUUUUUUAAAUAAAAUUUUAACUAAAAGAAAAUUUUGG